GCUAAGGUAUAUGCUGGUCUUGCUGUUGUUGCUGCAUGGUACAGAGUCAUUCUAUGUACCUGGGGUGGCUCCUAUCAACUUCCACCGCAAUGAUCCUGUAGAAAUAAAGGCUGUGAAGCUCACCAGCUCCCGGACCCAGCUGCCCUACGAGUACUACUCGCUGCCCUUCUGCCAGCCCAGCAAGAUAACCUACAAGGCUGAGAACCUCGGUGAGGUUCUUCGUGGGGACCGAAUUGUAAAUACACCUUUCCAGGUUUCCAUGAACGUGGAGAAGAAAUGUGAAGUUCUGUGUAACUUUCCCAACAAGCCAGUCGUUCUGACAGUGGAGCAGAGCAAGCUGAUCGCCGAGCGCAUCAGGGAGGAUUACUACGUCCACCUCAUUGCUGAUAACCUCCCUGUGGCAACACGGCUGGAGUUUUAUUCCAAUCGUGAGGAAGAGGAGAAGAAGAAGGAGAAGGAUGUGCAGUUCGAGCACGGAUAUAGGCUUGGGUUUAUGGACGGUAACAAGUUCUACCUGCACAACCACCUCUCCUUCAUCCUUUACUACCACAGAGAGGAUGUGGAAGAGAGCCAGGAGCACACCUACAGGGUGGUGCGCUUUGAGGUGAUUCCCCAAAGCAUUAAACUAGAAGACUUGAAGGCUGAUGAGAAGAGCAUGUGUACCCUGCCCGAAGCCACAGGCUCUGCCCCUCAGGAGAUAGAUCCCACUAAAGAGAACCAGUUGCUCUUCACCUACUCUGUGCACUGGGAGGAAAGUGACAUCAAGUGGGCUUCCCGCUGGGACACGUACCUGACCAUGAGUGACGUGCAGAUCCACUGGUUUUCUAUCAUCAACUCAGUUGUGGUCGUGUUUUUCCUUUCAGGGAUUCUCAGCAUGAUCAUCAUCCGGACUCUGCGGAAGGACAUUGCCAACUACAACAAGGAAGAUGACAUUGAAGAUACCAUGGAGGAAUCAGGUUGGAAACUUGUGCAUGGGGAUGUCUUCAGGCCUCCACAGUAUCCUAUGAUCCUCAGCUCUCUCCUGGGUUCUGGAAUUCAGCUCUUUUGUAUGAUCCUGAUUGUCAUCUUUGUUGCUAUGCUGGGGAUGCUGUCGCCUUCGAGCCGGGGCGCGCUGAUGACAACUGCCUGCUUCCUCUUCAUGUUCAUGGGGGUUUUUGGUGGAUUCUUUGCUGGCCGCUUGUACCGGACUCUGAAAGGCCAUCGGUGGAAGAAGGGAGCCUUUUGUACAGCGACCCUGUACCCGGGCGUCGUCUUCGGCAUCUGCUUCGUCCUGAACUGUUUCAUCUGGGGGAAACACUCCUCUGGUGCGGUGCCUUUCCCUACCAUGGUGGCCUUGCUCUGCAUGUGGUUUGGGAUCUCCUUGCCCUUGGUCUACUUGGGUUACUACUUUGGAUUUCGCAAGCAGCCAUAUGACAAUCCUGUACGGACAAAUCAGAUUCCCAGGCAGAUCCCGGAGCAGAGGUGGUACAUGAAUAAAUUUGUGGGGAUCCUCAUGGCUGGUAUUCUGCCUUUCGGAGCCAUGUUCAUCGAACUGUUCUUCAUUUUCAGUGCAAUCUGGGAGAACCAGUUCUAUUACCUUUUCGGCUUUCUCUUCCUGGUGUUUAUAAUUCUGGUGGUAUCCUGCUCCCAGAUCAGCAUUGUCAUGGUGUACUUCCAGCUCUGUGCUGAGGAUUACCGCUGGUGGUGGAGGACCUUCCUGGUGUCAGGGGGAUCUGCCUUCUAUGUGCUGAUCUACGCUGUAUUCUACUUUGUGAACAAGCUGGAUAUUGUUGAGUUCAUUCCCUCCUUGCUGUACUUUGGCUACACCGCCCUCAUGGUCCUGUCCUUCUGGCUCCUCACGGGCACCAUCGGCUUCUACGCAGCCUACAUGUUCGUCCGGAAAAUCUACGCCGCCGUGAAGAUCGACUGAAGCUGCAGAGCCCCAGCAGGAAUUCAGACGCCUCCGAACGCGUGUCCUCCCGGGAGUGACGUGGACAUCAUCUCCCAGCUCUUUUAAGGAAACGAAAUCCAGUGGGAGAGUGACAAGAGAAACAGUUAACUCCUCGAUUUGGAAUGUAACUUUGGCACAGUGUACAUGGAUUCUGGGCUACUUCUGGGGGAAAAGGGCCCCUGGGGUGCUCUAGGAUUCAGGGAGACUCUUCAGAUGAGCAUCAGACUGCGUUUUUCUCCUGCCUUCGUGUCUGCACAGAAGAGGGAGCUUGACUGUGGCAAAAUAACAGGAGCCUAAAGGCUCACCCAGCGGGAGUCCGGUGUGCUCCGACCACCGAAGUCCUGGCUUCGGCUUGUUUACAAUUUGCUGGAGGUGCCAUUUGGAGCCUGGGAAGUGCAAUUUCACCCUGAGAGAGCUUGACAACUGCAACCCUCGGCAUCGCUGCUCCCUCCCUGCAGCCUCGGACAGCACGGGCCGCUGCGGAUGCCUCUGCUGGAAGGGCUGAGGGGAGGGUGGGAUUGCCUCUCCUUCAGAAGGCGGGAUAUAACGUCUGUGGUUGUGCUGGAAUACAGGACUGGAAGGAUGUGUGAGGUACCUACAAGGGUUUUUUCUGUCAAUAGCUCUGCUCCAUAUGCAUGAGGUAACGGGGCAGGCUCCAUCCUGGGAACGCUGCCGGAAUCACGCAGAGCCUGUGGAGACACUUCUGCAGGGUCAGUGCCAAGCAAUCUGAGGCAGUGCUGGGCCUGAGCUGCCCGAGGGGUGUGCAGGCCCUGCUGAAGGGGCUGAGCACAGAGCAGGUGGCCCUGUGGAGCUCUCCCAUGGCCUGAGAGUGGGGCUGUCUCCCUGCCAGCCCUCCCUCCGGGGCCGGCCACUCUCGCUGCUCUCUGCUCCUCCUCUGAAAUUCUCUACCUCCAGGGAACAGGAAAAGUGUAUGCCCCUAAGCUGUACUUUGUUCUUCUCCACAAAAACCAGUCCAAGCCCUCCAGGACAGCUGAUGUGGGCUCUUUUCACAUGGCUUGAUGCCUGAAUUGGCCCACGGGAAGCUCUUUUUAAAAGAGGUUAAAGUUGUUUUUUAUUUUGGUCACUUCAAUGAUGUUUAUCAGUAAAAAAGGUUCCACAUUGCAGUGCAGACUCCCUACAUCCCCAGACUAGCUGGAUUCAGUCAGGGCUACAGGGGAGAGGUUUUUUAGUGAGAUCUAAGAAAGUUUUGCUUCUUGUAGUAAGGUCUCCUGAUGACCAGCUGCCACAGGUCACACUCUUUCUACCCAGAACUGUCCAAAGCCCUCCCUGCUCCCAGCACUGAUGUGCACCCUUGAGGGCUUUGGGGCUCUUUUUAACCCUAAUUGCCAUAAGUUUCCACCAGGUCCACACAAGGGCCCAUAUCCCUUCCCGUCAGCCUUGCUCAUCAUGCCAAAGUCCAAUCAGCCAGGAAUCAUGGAUGGAAAAAGGGUGCAGGGGAUGUGUGAGCCAGCUGUGCUGUGGAGUCCUGUGUCAGUUCUGAUUUGAGGUCCUUUUCUGAGAUUUUGAUCGGUCUGUUGUUUUCUUUUUCCUUUUUUUUUCCUUCUGCCCCUGCCCCAGUGGAGAGGCUCAGCCAGCAUUGAUUUCUCUCCCUUUCCUGAACUGUUUUCUCUGUAUUCUUUGUAAUUUUUAAUUAAUGUAUGUAUUCUUUGUGUCCUAUUGUAAAUAAAUCUGCCAUUGUCCUGUCA